AUGAUAGUUGUGAUUUAUGUAUUAGAUACCCUAACAGUUGUGUUCUAUCUAGUAGAUACCCUGAUAGUUGUGUUCUAUCUAGUAGAUACCCUGAUAGUUGUGUUCUAUCUAGUAGAUACCCUGAUAGUUGUGUUCUAUCUAGUAGAUACCCUGAUAUUUGUGUUCUAUCUAGGAGAUACCCUGAUAGUUGUGUUCUAUCUAGUAAAUACCCUGAUAGUUGUGUUCUAUCUAGUAGAUACCCUGAUAGUUGUGUUCUAUCUAGUAAAUACCCUGAUAGUUGUGUUCUAUCCAGUAGAUACCCUGAUAGUUGUGUUCUAUAUAGUAGAUACCAUGACAGUUGUGUUAUAUGUAGUAAAAUACCCUAUUUAUUGUGUUCUAUAUAUUAGAUACCCUGA